UUUUUUUCUUAACCAAUAUCUGUAGUUAUCAUGGGAAAGAAAAAGACACCCGUAUUCCGACAAGCCAAAAAGACAGCUGAUGAGUAUGACCGAGAAGGCAGCAAAAUUAAAGCAAUUCGUACCUGGGAUGAUGUUGAACAUGACUCUGAAGAUGAAUUCUAUGAGGAAAGAGAGAAAGUUUUAUUAAAUGAUCAACCAUUGGAGGAUGAAGAAGAGAGUGAUCGUGAAGUCUAUGGCUUGGAAGGUAUCGAUUCUGAUGAAUUAUCCGAUGAUGAGAUUGUUGAAAAAAAGCAAGAAGAUGAAGAAGAAAGAUUAGAGGCUUGGGGUACUUCCAAGGACGUCUACUAUGAUGGUGAUGACGUUGAAGAUCUUGAUGAAAUGCGAGAAGAAGAAGAAGAAGCUUUACGUAUUCAAAAGGAACAUUUGGAUAACAUGGAUGAAGCUGAUUUUAUGGAUGAUGGCUUAUCAGGAUGGGGAACAGGCGAAAAUCAAGAUUUGGAAGCUGACAAGAAACUUGUAGAGGAUGUGAAUAAAGAAUUAGAAGAUAUUUCAUUCGAUAAAUUAAAGAUUGAAAAGCGUCGAAAGAAUCUUCCCGUUGCAGAACAAUUAAAAAUCAUUCAAAAUGAAUCACCGGAAUUAUUAGAUUUACUUGAUGAAUUUAAAGAAAAGACAAGCGUUGUAAGUCAAUUGAAACCUAUUGUUGAAAAAUUACAAGGUCAUAAAAAGCGUGAAGAAAAGGAAGGUCAAUUUUUAUUAUUUAAAUAUGAGACUUUGAUGAAUUACUUGACAAAUAUUUCGUUUUAUUUGGCAUUGAAAGCAUCUUCUACAGCAGAGACAACCGAUAUACGUGAACAUCCUAUCAUUCAAGCAUUGUUUCAAUUACGACAGACAAUUGAAAAGAUUGCAACUCUAGAAGAAGAAUGUCUGGAUGUACAAUCAUUUUUAGAUAAAUUAGAUGAACCUGAAGCAGAGUUAGUCAAAUCAGAUACCAAGGGAAUAAAGAGAAGCCCCAAGUCAAAGAAGACAGUUAAAGAAAUACAGGAUAUUAUUUCGGAAGAUGAAGAAGAAGAAUCUGAAAAAGAAGAAGAUAUUUUGAAAGAAAUUAGAGAGAUUGAAGAAGAGUUCAAGAGCUUAAAGAAGUUGUCUAAUAAAAAACGUAAGAGAAGUGUGAUGAUGACAGAUGAUUUCGGCGAAUUAGAUGCACUAGAUGAAUUGGAUAUGGAAGAUAAGAUUGCCAAGAAGAAAUCACUCCGAGAUUACAUUGCUAAAAUCGAUGCUAAACAAGCUAAGAAUGUUAACAAAUAUCAAGGUGAUGUUGAUAUACCAUAUAGAGAUCGUGUUAAACAAGAACGUAAGGGAGUCGCACAACCUCAAGAUACAUCAGCUGAUUUAGAUGAUGCAGACUGGGAUGAAGAAGAUAUGAAGAUAGCCUCUGAGGCUAAUGCCAUGGACUCUGAUGAUGACUAUUACUCAACAAUAGCUAAUACUAAAAAAGCACAGAAACAAGCUAAAAAGGAAGCCUAUGAAGCAGAAAGAGCGCCGGUUGAAAGUCGUGAUGUGGAUGUGGAAGAAGGUGAAAAACGUUUGGCAACAUAUAAGAUCCUUAAGAAUAAGGGUCUAACACCUCGUCGUAAGAAGGAGAACAGAAAUGCUCGUGUGAAACAUAGAAACAAGUACGCACAAAAGAUGAAGAAACUUUCAUCUACAAGAGCUGUUGUCAAGCCUCAAACUUCUGGUUAUGCUGGUGAAAUGAGUGGUGUUAAGACAAAUGUUGUCAAAUCUGUCAAAUUAUCAACUUAAUUUUAGAUUUUAUAAAAUGUAGUGUAUAUAUACAUAUUAUUAUAAAAAUAAAUAAAUAAAUAAAAAAAUAUAGAUAUUAGGGAGUAAA